CACAAGUUUUGACAAAGCGUUUCCUUAUGUGAAAAUCAGUUUGUCACUUGAAUGUGUAAAAAGUAAACAUUGACGAAUACUGAUAUAGAAAUCGACAAACGUGGGAAAAGGCACUAGCAAGUCAGAAUGUCUGGACGCGAGGGCGGUAAGAAGAAGCCUCUGAAGGCGCCAAAGAAGGACUCGAAGAAUCUAGACGAGGAGGACAUGGCCUUCAAGCAGAAGCAGAAGGAGCAGCAGAAGGCUCUGGAGGCGGCCAAGGCAGGUGCCGCCAAGAAGGGACCUCUUCUCGGCGGUGGGAUCAAGAAGUCCGGCAAAAAGUGAUACAUAGCCACACUUUCAUAUGCAUUCCUUAGCAUAUUCAAAACACAGCAAUGUAGAAAUUAAAGUCUUCACGUUAUUGUACAGCAAAUAUUGCAAAAAAAACCUAAAACUUUUGGUGUAUAUUUGUCUUCAUCUCCAAAUUCAAUGCUUCAAUGUCAUUUGUGGCCUUUGAAGUGCGUCUUUAACUCGUUAUCGCCCACUGACCACGAAAAUAUCUUGAGGCCUUUACAGAUUCAACUUCUCCUCAAGGUUUCCCUAAUCAAAGCCUAGCUUUUUUGGGGGCUCUCGAAACUUUUCUCGGGUUUUUCGUUACAUUUUGUUGACGCUCAACUCCAAUUGCCGCUUCGGUUAUAUGAGGCUCAAAGAUUUCGACAGGCCGAUAAGAAUUACAAAGUGAGGCGCCAGGCGGCACAGUUGGUUGGUGUGAUUGUUGUUGUUGCCACGGUGGCCACUGUGGUGGAACCAGCUCCCCUAUGUUCCAAAAUAUUCCAUUACUCUAUCAAGUGAAAGAGCUA